GUUGAGGAGGUAUCGGUCCGCGGAACCCAUCUUGACUCGAAACAGAACAAAACCCCCCUGCCUCCGCUGCUCUUCUUCAAUUUCCCCUUCUCUGUUUUCUGCGCUUCUUAGCGGCGGUGGCGGCGGCGGCGGCCGGCAUCCGGCAGCAACCACGACGGCCUGAGAGAGAAACUGGAAGGAAGAGAUGUCGUACAUGAGAGGAGAUCUGCUCACCAGGACGAGAAAGCUGGUGAAGGGCCUCGCCAAGCCCACCCCCGUUUGGCUCAAGGCCAUGGAACAGGCACCGCCUGUGACUUUUCCUCGUCCCGAUGGGAAGAUCAAGAAGAUUGAGAUGCCGGAGGAUGUUUAUGUCAGGAAGUUCUUUAAGAAGCAUCCGGAUUCCCUAUAUCACGACGCCGUGAAGAUAAGUGGAUUUGAUCCACCUCCUGCACGAGUUUUUGCUUGGCGUGUGCUGGAACUAAAAGGACAGGGUGUCAGUGAAGAGGAAGCCAUGGCUGUAGCUGAUAUGGAAUAUCGUGCUGAAAAGAAAGGAAAGAAGAAGGCAUAUUCCGAGUUGAAGCAAAUUGCACGCCUUCAAGGGAAGAAACCACCUCCAAACCCAUACCCAAGUGCAAUCAAAGAGAUACAAGCAGAGGAGAAGAAAUAUGUUCAUGAUCGUUUCUUUAAUCCCAAGAUACUGGACAUUGUACAAAAGAUGAAAGCUGAAAAGGCUGCUGAGAUGCAAGAUCAAUACAGAGGUGGUGGUGGUGGUGGUGCAGGUGGCAUGCAACCUGGUGGCAGGAAUGGUGGUCAGCGCUGGUAAACUCCAUUUAUGGUUAUGUAAACUGCUUUCUUGUUUGGUAUUUUCUCUGAUCAAUUUGAUUCCAAACUAGUUUAGCAGUGCAUGUUUCAGUGGGCAUUUAAAAUGCACACUCAAAUACUUGGUGGAAAUUUCAAAAUUUCUAGGUAUCAUCUCAAUAAAUGAAUAUUGAUGUUUGUGGCUGCAUUUAUCACUUU